UGACCAAUCACACGAGGAGCAGUCCAGCAGGAUUCAGGGGAGAUGGGGAGGACUUCUGCCAUUAGCGUGGUAGCUCUGUCAUUAAGUUAACCUAGUUGACUAGGCUUAUUCUAACCUGCAGCACGAAUACAAACAGUAAAGAGCUGACAUUUUCUCAACGAUACAGAGGUAUAAGGCAGCAAGUGGACUAACAUUUCGCUCGGGAGAAUAUCGACCGAGAUGUGUAACGACCUGGACUUGAUAUCAGGAAUCUACCUGGCUGCUAGUCUGUUGACUGACAGCUGGCACCUGGCUGCUUAGCUAGCUGACUAGCUAGCUAGGUGAGCUGACUGGGUUUUUCGGGCUCAUAGUCCGGCUCAUUGUGUAGCUAGUACUGAUUUUGGUAUAGAGUGGAAAGCGGCUUCUCUGCAUUAUUUGACUCCGCCUGCUGUUCAAACCAUGAGUUAGCUGAACAGCAUCAGGCAGCAGUGUUCGGGAUAUUUUAAGGUCCAGCUAGUUUCUCUAGCUUUUAGCUUGAAGCCAGCUAGCAGCAUUCAUUCAGCUGUUGAAGCGUUGACGCCAGCACCUCAGCCACUGACUCUGUCCAACUACUGUCGUUGUCGCGACAUUUAUACAUUUUUGGACUCGGUCCUGCUUUGGGCAGUGUCAAGGGAAAAUGAAGAAAUUUUUUGAUUCCCGUCGGGAGUUUGGGGGCUCCGGGCCUGGUCCUGGAGCCGGUGGAGGAGGCGCUGGUUCCGGCGGCGGAGGCAGCUUCAUCGGACGAGUCUUCAGCAUUGGAAGAUAUCAAGUAACCGUGGAGGAAACAAUCGCUGAAGGAGGUUUUGCCAUAGUCUUUUUGGUGAGGACUCAUCAAGGUGCACGAUGUGCACUAAAAAGAAUGUAUGUCAACAACGAACACGAUUUGAAGAUCUGCAAACUUGAAAUACAAAUUAUGAGGGACCUGGUGGGUAACAAAAAUAUAGUCGGCUUCCUGGACUCCAGCAUAACUGCAGUCGGAGCUGGUGAUGUGUGGGAAGUCCUGAUCUUAAUGGACUUCUGUCGAGGUGGCCAGGUGGUGAACCUAAUGAACCAGCGGCUACAGACGGGCUUCACUGAAGCUGAGGUGUUACAGAUCUUUUGUGACACGUGCGAGGCGGUCACUCGUCUACAUCAGUGCAAGACUCCAAUCAUCCAUCGAGAUCUCAAGGUGGAAAAUAUUCUUCUUCAUGACCGGGGACACUAUGUGCUCUGUGACUUUGGAAGUGCCACCAACCACUUCCAAAAUCCACAGACAGAAGGGGUGGCAGUUUUAGAGGAUGAAAUCAAAAAGUAUACUACGCUGUCAUACCGUGCUCCAGAGAUGGUCAACCUCUAUGGGGGAAAUGUCAUCACAACAAAAGCAGACAUUUGGGCCUUGGGUUGUCUUCUCUAUAAGCUGUGCUACUUCACCCUUCCAUUCGGCGAGAGCCAAGUGGCUAUCUGUGAUGGCAGUUUCACCAUCCCAGACAACUCUCGCUACUCACAUGAAAUGCACUGUCUUAUUAGAUACAUGCUGGAACCUGAUCCUGAAAAGAGGCCAGACAUUUACCAAGUAUCCUACUUUGCCUUUAAACUGGCUCGACGAGAGUGUCCCGUCCCAAAUCUACAUAAUUCUCCUAUUCCUGCAAAACUUCCUGAGCCUAUCAAAGCGAGUGAAGCAGUGGCCAAAAAGAGUCAAAACAAAGCCAGGCUCACAGACCCAGUUCCUACAACGGAAACCUCAAUUGCACCUCGACAGCGGCCCAAAGCUGGCCAGGCUCAGCCCCAGCCCAUAUCAGGCAUUCUUCCCAUCCAGCCAGCACUCACCCCACGCAAGAGGCCUGGUGUGGCUACUGGGGCACCCCAGGCUAUAGGUGUCGGUAUCAGUGUCCCUCCUCCAGCUUCAGCUGCUGUCCAACCUGCUCAACAGGCUCCGUCUGCUAACAUGCAGCCGCAGGCUACAUCUCAGCAUCAGCAGCUGCUUAUGAAGCAGCAGCAGCAGCAAGCCUCUGCCUUCUUAAGCCCACAGAGCACUCAGCAGCAUCACCUGGUACAGAACCUCUACCACCACCAACUUCAGCAACAACAAACAUCAUCACAAGCAUCCAGUCUGCUGCAAUAUAAACCUGUUCCUCAAGUUGUUACCCUGCAGCAUCAACACCAACAGCAGCAGCAUUUAGUCCUUGAAACUGCAGCUGCCCAUCUCACACCCAUCCCCGAGUCCGCAGUUGUUGGUCCUGCAGCUCGUGGUCCAGAGUUUGUGACGACUGGCAGAGGGAUCCACAAAGUUGGCUCCCUAACACCCCCCUCCUCGCCAAAGACGGCCACCAAGAGUGGCCACAGACGUAUCCUUAGUGAUGUCACCCACAGUGCCGUGUUUGGGGUCCCCGUUAGCAAGUCGACCCAGCUACUUCAGGCAGCCGCAGCUGAAGCCAGCCUCAACAAGUCCAAAUCAGCAAGCACUACUCCUUCUGGGUCCCCCUGCUCGUCCCAACAGAGUGUAUACCAUCCAGGUGACGGGGACGCCUCCUCAGCACUCACUGUCCCCCACACUCAGCCUGCCUGGAAUCCUUUUGGCGACGAUAACUUCUCUAAGCUAACAGCAGAGGAGCUUCUUAACAAAGACUUUGCAAAGCUAGCUGAGACUGCUGCAGCUGGAGAGAAAGCUGCGGGAUCCAAUGAAAAUCUCAUUCCCAGCCUCAAUGCCUUUCCAGAGAAGCUGAUUGAGGGACAGAAGUCCCCUGAUACUUCUCUUCUGCUCCCUGACCUCUUAACCCUGACUGACUCCUUCAAUACUGCUGCAGAGAGCACCACAAAUGUAAAGGCAGAGGUGUGUGUGGACUCACUGAUUCCUGGUUUGGAGGCUCCCCAGCCCCAGAGACAUUUGGGCCAGCCAGAGCUCAUUCCUGCCAGUGUGCCAGAUUCUCUCACUGGGGAGGAUUCUCUGCUGGGUUGUGAUCUGUUAUCUCAUACCUGUCAUGGAAACCCAUCUGUUUCUGUUCUCCCUUCUUCUUGCUCCUCUGCUCCUCCUGGCGCUGGAUCCUGCCUGGAGGAGCUGCCAGCUGGUCAGACUGCUUCUGAUCUCCAAGGGGAGAGUAAUGGCUACUCUGUGCUUGAGGAGGGACAAGAGACUGAAGCUGUAGGAGCAGAUUCUCCACAGAAUGAGGGCUGUGUGCACUCCAGCGAUGAAGACGAAGAAAAAGAAGCACACAAGGACGAGCAAGAGGACGGUGAAGGCAUUGAGAGUCACAUAGCCCCCCAUGACUGCAGCGGUUCUAGACCUCUGCUGCAGGACUCUGAGGAUGAAGAAGACCAAGGGCCUCAGUUAGCUCUCCAUCCAUCUCUGCACUCCGGCACAGCAGCAGCACAAUCAGCUACAACCUUCGAUCAACCUGCUCCAAAUACCUUUGCCCAGAAUCACUUCCAGCAUGUACACGAGGCAGCAAAGGAGAUGGAGGGCGCUGCAGAUAUCUUCUCCAAAGCCCCCUUUCUGAUUGCGCAAGAAGACACAAGUGACGUAUUCGCCAACGCUCCAUUUCCACGCGGUCCCCUCGCGGCUCAGCAGCAGCAGCAGCUCGACGUUUUCUCUCAGGCUCCAUUCGGAAAAAGAAAGGAGCCCAAAGGAGCGCAGCCGAAGACCUCGUACCCCCACGCAGCUGGAGCUCACGCUGUAACCUCUGAUCAAGGAGUCUUAGAACAGGUUGCCCAGCAACCUUUCCGUCCUCAAGCUCUGGCCAAAUACUCCCGACACUUUGAAGGACCUGUGCCCCAGCAGCCAGCAGCAGCUCACAGAGUGGCGUCUAACGCGAGCAAGCAGGCUGCUGUAGCAUCUGUCCCCGCUGGACCUCUGCACUCGUGGACCUCAGACGUGAGCGCUGUAGACCCAUUUGUCUCUGCACCCUUUCACCUCAAGGCACCGCAAGAAAAGCCCUGAACGCACACUCACAGGUCAGGGCAGUGGGAAUCCGCGCCUACCGAAAUAUGCAAAGUGUAACAGGCGUAACGCAUGCUGUCACCAGCGCUGCAGCGGGACUGCAGGCCUGCAUGGAUCUCAUUCUUAACCAACUCAAAUAGUUCAAGGUCAUCUUUACUUUGAGUAAACUGACAUCAGUCCCACAUUCACACUAUUUUGUUUCCCUCUGCCUUUCAUGUUUUCCUUCUUGUUCUUAUUUACACAAUGACUACAUUAUGGUCAAGCAUUUGAUUGUUUUCUCGCCUACCUCAGUUUUCUUUUUCUUUUUUUUCUUUUUUUUUUCUUUUGGUGUGCGUCGGCGCUGAAAUAUCACACACAGUGAGGGAGGUCAUAGACUGUCUGCAGCCGUGGCGGUUAAAUUUCCUGGACAGUUUGAACUUCAUUGAUCUGAAAAUGCCUCAUUCCUUUAUUUUGGUAGUCAGCUUGAAUGACGUGACAGUAACUUCAUAGAAGCUUGAAAAACGGGAAGACGCAGCCUAGGAAUAUUUCAUUAAACUAGAAAUGUGCAAAUGCCUUACAGUUAAACAUUUACAGUUACUUUUUGUCUUUUAUGCUUCGAAGUUCAUAAAGGAGAUGCUGGAUGUUGAUGCAAAGUGUAAAUUAAACGUGUGCGUUACGUUUGCCGUCACAAUCAUGUCAUACAAAAACAGUUUGUUCCACAUCAUGUACGAACUAUAAGUAAAUGUUAGUCAUAUAACAUUUAUUAUGGUAAUUCUUAUGUUGUAUAAAUGAAGACCAUUCCCGUUGUUUGUCCUCACUGUACAAUAUGACAUCUCCAAAGCCUUAACACCCUUGCUGCACCUCAGAACCACAUCAGAACAUCAGCAGCAUUCAUCACGUUUGCCUUCGUGCCCUCCUUAAAUGAAAAUAAAGACACUGCUGCAUUCACAUAAUCUUACUGUACUCGUGUUCAGCACCAAAUACCUGUGUACAAUCAUGUACAACUUCCUCUUGCUGUCUGCUGUACACGCACGCACAAGAUUGUCAUCGAGCACAGGAAUGCGUCUUUGUUGUCGACUUCUGUAUCCUAACUGUGACACAUUUAUGAACAACUGAAGUGAAAACUUUUGACUGCAGCUUCAAAUUAAAUAAAUAAAUAUUACAACUGUC